UUCUCUUGACUCCUCUUUGGUCAGCACGGCCCCGCGACGGGAGUCAGUAUGCCUAUAUAGUCACCAACAUAACUGUCCAAUAUCUUUGUCGAGGGCCCAACUCUUGUAGUUGAAUUCCCAUCGCUAACCAUGGCUUUUCAAAAUCGACAACUUCUCUCUCGUCUGCAACACGACCUCGCAGAGCUCCAUGAUGCACCGUACCCUGGCGUGGCCUUCUUCACUGAUGAUGCCAACAUGCGCCAACUGUGUCUCAUCCUUACUCCUCCGAGCGGUCCCUGGAAGGAUCUCUCUCUCCAUUUUGAUGUAGAACUACCUCCUGACUGGCCCACUUCUCCUCCAAAAAUCAAGAGCAGUGUUAACGGAAUCCAGCACCCGAAUCUUUACUCCUCGUUUAUUUACUGCGAUCUCCUCAGGAAGGAUUCGUACAGGGAAAAUGGUUACACGGGAGGCUAUUCCCCGGCUUUGACGCUGCGUGGCCUUUUCCUACAAUUUUUGACAUUCUUCUCCAGUACAAAGAUUGAACAAGACUACGGGGGUGUUAUCGAUAUUGGUGACUUCAUUGUCGCCAAGUACUUCCGGGAGAAGAAUGUGGCCCAACGACUUGCCGACUUUGCUUCGCCUGACGAUUGCUGCGAAGCGUAUAGCUCCUUUCAACCAAACAAUCUCGAACCGUCUAGUAAACUGGAACUGGAAUGGGCGUCUAACCCGUCCCCGGAGGUCAUUGUGAGCGUCUACACCACUGGGGAUCAAGUGGUUACACACAAGACGAAAGGCGAAGGAUAUCCCGACCCCAUGCGUAUCCACAUGAUGGAAUAUCAGAAUUCUAAAUGGGGCCAGACCCUAAGGGCGAUUUCCAGCUGGACCUGCCGGAAGUGCCCAUAUGGCUCAGCAGCUUUUCCUCACUACCUCCCGCCAGCCCAAAGAUCUAUGACUAGGACCGUCGAUGAAUCUUCGCCGUUGCUCGUUCAUCUGGCUACAUGUGUCCUCGAAAACCUCCCUGACGAUAUUUUAUUCACGCUCGCCACUUUUCUCUCUUCCGAAACAGUCCUUGUCUUUUCAGAGGCUUAUCCUCGCUUCCGCGCUAUUGUGGAAUCAGCGCACGAGCUCCUCCGGCGGGAAUUACAGUGUUUCUUCUUGAGGACACCCCUCACCGGUUCCAUACUCGGCAUCGGUGUUGCUUGGGAUCCCCGACAACGUACAUUGACAUCCGAUUUCGACUGGCUAAGCAAGGAGGCGUUCCAGAAAUUUGGUGUGAGAAGGAGCAUUCAAAAACGAGCGUUCCAGUAUUUCCUUCCUCUGGCAUUUAGUCGUCCGCACUUCUUGUGGGCUCAGGAUAAGAUUUGGGAUGCAUUGCUGGUCGUAUACAAGGAGCUUCAGCAAGCAGACUGUACAUCACUUCAGCGGACGCAAGGAGUCUCGUUGUCUCGACAAUCCGAAACGCUCGAUGUCUCACCGUCUGACCUGCUCUGGGUCAUCUACAGGAUGAUGAACAAUACUGUUGUGGCACUCAUGAAGUCUUGCGAUGACGUCCUGACUACUCGCAACGGUGCUUCGUCUAGAGCGACUCUCCUCCAUGCAUCUGAAAAAGCUGUCUACUCGUACUGCCAUCUCUUCCAUCUUCUCUUAUGCCUUUCCGGUUCGGACCUGAACAUCCAGCAGGAUGCCACACGAAAAAUCUUGGAUUUUAUUGCUCAGUCAGGCGCUCGUGUCAAGGCCCGCGUUCCUGACCUCGGCGAGUUCAUCGUUCUUGUGACAUUUGUCCUUGCUUUAGGAAAGGGUGACGUCAAGUGGAGUAUUCUCAAUGGUCCUUUCCUUGAAGAAGCCAUUGUGCGCAAUGCGCGGUGGGUUCUCAGGGACCAUCCCGAGCUCGAGGUGAUGGAACAGGGCAGGAGCGAUCAUCGUCUGACCACGACGUUCAACCACUCCAAGACUAGUUUGCGACUCAUGAUGUUCCAGAUCACGUAUCUGACGAUAUUUGUCGAGACUUAUUCUUCUGAUUUGGGACGUUUGGAUGACAACUACGGAUUUGCAGAGAAGGAAAUUCCGGAGAAGAUGGUCAAGGCGAUCAAGGACAUCUAUAAGGUCGGAGACUGGCCUACGUUUUUUGAGAAGGUUCAGUAUGUGCGAGGCAAGUCGUUUGACCCGGAGAAGCUUUCUCAGUUGUUGAGGGAUGCGGUGAGGGUCAGUGCUGAGCGUGGGUAUCACAUGCCUGCGAAUCUAAACUAGCACGCGGAAUUCCAGGAACCAAGGGGACGGGAGGAACGAGGGGACGUAGUUACAGGAGAUAAACUGUCUUUUUUUGCUGCCGUCACAAGGAAAUGGCCUGUUUCUGACAAGUGCUUAUGCUGUACGACUAAGACAAAGUUUCAACCGGCAUCUUUCGGCAAUUAAUAGAACACGUUUAGCACAGCCA